CUGCCUCCUAUGCCUUUAAUCUCCCCCCACCUUUGGGAAGAGCAUCUCUUUUCUUUGCAGUAAGGCAAGGACCGCGUGGCUCACUUGGGGAGGAGGAAAGAGAGGGUGACAGGAGAGGCAACGGCGGCUGCGGGAGAAACUCAGAGAGGUCUCUCUCCCCACCCCUGCUGGGCCUCUUUCCGAGCCCCCCAUUGCACACUUGGUGCAGAAAGCCACGCCGAGAGCAGCAGCAGCAGCGGAGAUGUCUUCGGAGAAAACAGGACUCCCUGAUUCUGCCCCCCACACCUCUCCCCCGCCCUACAACAACCCUCUCCAGCCUCCUCCUCCACCCCCACAGGAUGCCCCCAUCCCCGGGUACAGCGACCACCCUCCCACCACGGUGCACUCGGGCACGGCCACGUUGCCCCGGCUUGGUGGGGCUGCGACCCUGCCUCGCCCUCCCCCUACAUCGGCCACCCUCCCACGGCCACCCCGCCACCAUUCAGCCACCCUACCCCGCCUUCCCCCUGAUCCCUACAUGCAGGAAACACAAUUCAAUGGAGCACCACAGGGAUACGUAGUACAGACUCAUCCUCCAGUGGGGUCCCUACCGAUUGGUGGCUACAUGCAUCCGGGAUACCCUGUCCAGCUACAACCCUGCACAGCAUAUGUACCCGUCUACCCAGUCGGGGCGCCAUAUCCUCAGGCCAACCCUCCUCCACCACCUGCUUUGUCCCCAACACAGGUGACCCCUGGCAUUGCGAUCCUGGAACCACGGCGCCCGCCACAUGACUACCUUCCCAUCGCCGUCCUCACCACCAUCUGCUGCUUCUGGCCGACGGGCAUCAUUGCCAUCAUCAAAGCUGUGCAGGUCCGGACUGCCGUCGCCCGUGGUGACAUCGUAUCAGCUGAAAUUGCCUCGCGGGAGGCCCGCAACUUCUCCUUCAUCAGCCUAGCGGUGGGUAUUGCUGCCAUGGUGCUGUGCACCAUCCUGACCGUGGUGAUCAUCAUCGCCGCCCAGCACCACGACAACGAUUGGGACCCCUAGCAACCGACCCUUGCCUCCGUCCUGCUCCGGCCCCCCAUCAGCUGGCGUCAACAGCCCUGAAAAACCCUGGCCACCAUCGCUCCCAAGGAUGGUCCUUGGAAACCGUACUCCCCAGCGGUCCUUAGCAACUAUCUCCUCUUCCCUGCCAACGGCACUCAAAAAGCUUGGCAACUAUCUCCCCGUCGGCCCUGUUAGUGGUACUUCCUCAGCGAACGGCUUCCGGACGUUGAAGAUGAGAUGGAAAGCUGACAUGCCUUCAUCUCUGAAUUUCCAGCUUCCUAGCAACAUGUUCUUCCCACCAUCAGUUCUUCGCAAGAAUCCUUCCUUCCUGAAGAGGAGGCUUCAUCUUCUGUGCCCAUGUCUGUUCCUGCUGCAUUUGCAUGCCCAAGUCUUGGUUUGAGAUCUGCCUUUUUCCAUCCAGGAUUGCUUGGCUGAAUGUUUCAGAAGGCCUUGCCUCUCAAAAUCUUGCACAGCCUCCGAGAAAGUUAUUUCCCCCCUUCCUGAGUUGGGACUUUACUUCAACAGUGGGUCGAGUGACCCAAUAUUUAAGGAAAGGGGUUGAUUCUCUCUGCUUCCCUGUUUUUAUGUUUGUUUUGUUUUUCUACUCCAAUUCUUCCUGCUGCCUAACUAUAUAACAAGAUCUUGCUCUGUCCUUUUGGCUCUUGUUUUAGGUGAGAAAAGCAUAAUUGCUUCCACAAUCCACCUAGUCUUCAACCUUUUUUACAUAGUUAAGGUAACAGUUCAGUUAAUAUAACCACAUGAACCUAAGGCAUAUAAAUACUUCCUCCGCCUAUUCCAAGAUGUUCUUUUUAGUCUUAACCCCUAUCUUAACACUCAGUUUCCUUUCUUACACACUUCAUUGCAUACUAGUAUGUUCUUCCAUUGAAUACUUUCCCCUUUUGUUGUGUGGGGAGAAUGAAAGUUAUUGAAAUCCUUAUGCUUUCCCAUCCUGCACUAAAUGGUUCAGAUAGCGUAUAAUAUACAGUAGGUUCUCCAUGUUCACAGAUUUUACUGUAAAAAUAAUCCAAAAAGCAACUCUUAAUUUUGUCAUUUUAUAUAAGGGACACCAUUUUCCUACGCUAUUGUACAUAAUGGGAUUUGUGUGUCCAGAUUUUAGUAUUCAAUAGGGAAACAAACUCUGUUGGAUAAGAUACCAAUGGCCCAGGGUACCUAUAUGCCGUUCUGACAGUAAUCUAAGGAGAUGAGUUUUUAAGGAUUGCAACAAAGAAUAGCUUUAAAUGUUGGCUCAGUAUUGAUGUUUAUUUAUAUAUAUAUAUCUUUUCUCUGCUGCCACAGUUGACGCUCCUUGAACACAAAGCCACUUUAAAAAUGAACUCCAAGGAUGUUUUUAAAGGAGAAAAUGGGUGGGAAAGGGAAAUUUAUAUGAAGAGGAAUCAACCACAAGUCCUCUGAAAAAAGCCAAGGUGAUUUUUGAAGAGAUGGAAAUGGGAAAUGGCACAAAAAAUAUUUGGAGAAAGAAUGGCAGGGUGGCCAUUGCAAUGAAAUAUGUGGUUGCCCAUUUAUUCACGGUGUGAUGUUUGCAGCUAGUAAGUACUAUCUGAUCAAAGAGAGAACCAAGGGUGAAGUUAGAAGCAGGUUUACGUUUGUUUUACAGUGAUUUGUACAACUUAUUAAGAUCUGGUCUGAACAUAAUGGCAGGUUAGACAUCUCCUCUAAAGACCACAUGCAUGGGAUCCCAUUUCAUUGCUUCUGCAUCCUAAAUAGACCUUGUAAAGAGAAGCAGGAUUGUGUAUGGAAUAAGAGGCACAAACAAGGGUUGAAAGGCCCACUCCACUAUGAAGUUUGAGGUUAUAUUUUAGUUGAGCAUACCUCACAGGAUUGUUGUGUGGGGUUAAGCAAAGGGGCUCUUUGGAGGAAAGCUCAGAUUGCAGAAUCAUAGAAUAACAGAGUUGGAAGAGACUUCAUGGGCCAUCCAGUCCAACCCCCUGCCAAGAAGCAGGAAAAUCGCAUUUAAAGCACCCCUGAAAGACGGCUGUAAUAAAUAGAAAGCAGCUAUAGGAAGUACAGAGAUGGUAGGCAGCCCUUUGACUGGGAUUCAAGACUGGCAAUUCCUGCUUUAAUACUGAAAAGCUACAGUCCAUUCUUCUACUUUUUUGUUGCAGAGGUAGUCUGUUUUAUCACAGCAUGUAAUGUGGCAGAAUUCUGUUCUGUACCACCUCCAGGAUAAGCAUAUUAUUCAGUAUUCCCUAAAUACAGAGGUACUUACAUAAAGUAAGCUAGCAAGGAAAGGAUAAUGUUAAGCAUUUCUUCCUGGUAUGUGAGCUUACUAUAUACAGGGAAUGUAUCUGCUCUGCUUUGUGGAGAAAAUGCCAAAACAUGACCUCAUUCCACCUGCAGCCACAGUCCAGCAUUUCAUGAAUGAAAACACAUCCAAGGUGAGACAAGGGCACAGAAGUGAGUGCGUAUUUAAAUCUGUGCCUCUCAAAAGUAGGGGUCGAAAAGCUGCAGUGAGUUUCCAGGAAAGCAAAAAACAGUUUCAGUCAAUGGGCACCAACAUGGAGUUGGUCCUUCACCCUCUGGGAAACAAACCCUGCUGGUCUUCCAAAGACAGCUUCCAAUGCGCUAGUUCAAAUCACAAACUGGGGGGCACAAGGGAGAAUGAAAAAGAAGGGUAAAUGCAAAAAAUGGGGCUGAUCUACUUUUUGUUUCCGGUGCCUCCCCUUUGCCCAACGUGUGCCAAACCCCGCCGUUCUGUCACAUGGAACAAUCCAUUCCUCCCCUCCCUUUUUUCUCAGAUGUUGGACUCCGUGAUUAUAUUAUACUACUGUUUGCAAGUGACAUGAUUACAGAAUCUCUAUAACUUAAUAAAGACACUUGAUUAUCAA